ACACAGUUUAUUGUCAAUGUAUCGCACGAUUGAUCACACUACACCCACAAAUAGGACGUCCAAAUCAUUGUAAAGAUUAAGAUUAGUAGCUUUCAAACUACUGAAGCACCAAUCUAUAAUUUAAUUUAGUUGGAUCAAGUGUGUAAAUUUUUAAUAAUUUAAUGAAAAGUGCGAGUUUGAUCGAUAUCGCAAUCCCCAGGUGAUAAUUUUCACACACCCUGAUAGCACUUACCUGUUAUCACAAUAAUUAAAACAGUCGCUUUUUGGUACUGCACACGGAAAGAUAACCAACAGUAUGUUUCGGCCGAAGAGCGCAACAUCUCGCCAAGAGUCCGAAAUGGCAUCGAAGAGCCUCCGGGAGUUGCAAGCUCUGGGUGCCGGGGGCGAUCCAGUCCACCGUUUGCGAUUACUGUGUUUGUCGCGAGGAGCGAACGGGAUUUUGGGAAUGGGUCGCAUGUUCCGGAGAAUGGACGACGAUGGGAGCAAGCAGCUGAAUCAGGAUGAGUUUGUCCGGGGACUCCGGGAAACCGGACUGGAGUUGACGGAUGAAGAGGCGUUGGAUCUUUUUAAAAAGUUUGACGACGAUAACAGCGGGAGUAUUAACAUGACUGAGUUUCUAGUGCACUUGAGGCCCCCAAUGUCUGAGUCACGCAAGAAAGUCGUUGAAGAAGCGUUCAAGAAAAUGGACAAAACGGGAGACGGAGUGAUCACAAUAGACGAUUUGAAAAAUGUUUACAACGUCAAAGCCCAUCCUCGAUACAUUUCAGGCGAAGAAACUGAGGAAAAUAUUCUGAAACGAUUUCUAGCAAAUUUUGAACAGGACGCCACCAAAGACGGACAGGUAACCCACGAAGAAUUUUUUAAUUAUUAUUCGGCCAUCAGUGCCUCGAUCGACAAUGACGGCUAUUUCGACCUAAUGAUGAGACAGGCUUACAAACUGUAAUAAUGAACCCAGUGCUUUGCAAUUUUUGAAUUUUUAAAUUCACUAUUUAUAACUCACUGAAUACGAAGUUUUAUUACUCGAAUGUUUCCUGUUGUAUUCCUAUAUUGUAACCGAUCUAUAGAUUUAAAUACAUGUAUUUCGACUA